AUGACUGUGGUGGGACAUCUUCUUUGGCAUGGAAUGGACCCUUUAUACAUGAAUGCUCGAUGGACACAUCAUGGUGAGCCUUACGUUGAAUCAACAAAUGUCAUGGAAAUGGAUGUUGUUGAAGGAGGAGAUGUAGGUGAAAUGCAUAAUUUCCUUAAUGAGACAUUUGUGCAACCAAAUAUUGGUGAGAACAUAGGGUCAUCGAGGCAACCUGUUUUUGAUGGUCGAACACCCGAGGCAGAGCGAUUUUUUAAGUUACUUGAACAAGCUGAUAAGGAGUUGUAUCCAGGAUGCAAGAAGUAUAAAAAAUUGGAUGCCGUCGUAAAAUUGUACCAUAUCAAGUGUUUGGGAAAUGUGACUAACAAGGCUUUUGAUAUGUUUUUAGAGCUUUUUAAAGAUAUGUUGCCUGAGGGAAAUUGUUUGCCACGGUCUACUUCACAAGCUAAAAAGAUUAUUGAUGAUUUGGGCCUUACUUAUGAGAAGAUUGAUGCUUGCCCUAACGACUGCAUGUUGUUUUGGAAAGAGACAGCAAACUUAACCGUGUGCUCUACAUGUGGUGCGUCAAGAUAUAAAGUGAAAAAAGUAACAAGAGUUGGUGAUAGUUCAACUGGGGAUAAUUCUAUUAAGAAAGUAUCAGCUAAGAUUCUCCGUUAUUUUCCACUAACACCGAGGUUGAAAAGGUUGUAUAUGUCAAAACAUACUGCAGAAUAUAUGAGAUGGCAUGCGACCGAAUGCCCUAAAGAUGGAUUUAUGAGACACCCGUCAGAUUCUCCAGCUUGGAAGCAUUUAGAUUUGUUGUAUCCAAAUUUUGCAUUUGAAAUUCGAAAUGUAAGAUUGGGUUUGGCAAGCGACGGGUUCAAUCCUUUUGCACAUAUGAGUAGUGAUCAUAGCACUUGGCCCGUCGUAAUUUCUGUUUAUAAUCUGCCUCCAUGGAUGUGCAUGAAGCAACCCUUCUUGUUUCUUUCUUUACUUAUUCCAGGCCCUAAUGCACCUGGAAAUGAUAUUGAUUUGUACUUGAAACCUUUAAUGGAUGAGCUAAAGGAGUUGUGGGAAGUUGGUGCCAACACUUAUGAUGUGUUUUCCACUCAGUCAUUUAACAUGAAAGCUGCUGUGUUGUGGACAAUAAAUGACUUUCCUGCAUAUGCGAAUCUUUCGGGAUGGAGUACGAAAGGGAAGCUUGCAUGUCCUCAAUGUCAUCAUCAAACAGUAUCAAAACGCCUGCCUAAUUGUAAAAAGCAAUGUUAUUUGGGUAAUCGCAGAUUUUUUCCCAUAGAGCAUAGAUUUCGAAAUGAUGAAGCAUCUUUUGAUGGCAAAUGCGAGAGGGGUCAAGCACCAAAGAUGUUGAUCAGGGCCCAGUGUAUAGCACAAAUGUCUAAUCUGACAUUUACCUUUGGGAAAACAUCACCUUCAGAAUCUGAAACUGAUGAUAUUACACGGAAAAAGAAAAGAAAAAGAAAUACUUCAGCUACCUCCAAAGAACCAAGAAAUGGUACUAAUAAUCCAUGGAAAAAGAAAAGUAUUUUUUUUCUUUACCAUAUUGGGAGCAUCUUUUGA